AUGCGGGGUCGCCGCGGGGAAACGACUAUCAAAAGGUAUCGGCUGUCUCAGUUCGCGUGCUUCAAACGAUUCAGUUGCCAAAAUCUGCAUCCUCAGACCUCAAGAGGUUUUACUUACCACCCUGGCGGCCUGUUACAACGACCCGAUCCGCCUCAUCCCGCUAGAGUUCACACCUGUCUCGAUAUUGGUCACUUCUCACUUUCUACAGUUCGACAAUGUACUGGUACAAGACUGCCUCCCCUAGCGGUCAUUUACGGCCAUAGUCAAGUGUCAAACGUGUUAGUGGCAUGCGGCGGAACACCAGUCGGCGGUGUGCCAGUUCUGCCCGUCAAGCAUCAUGGGCCGGUCGAAGAUGCAAAUCGCACCAUAGCUCUCGUUUUUAGGAAAACAAUGAUUCCACAUCUAUCAACCCCAUCUCUGCUGUGGAGACAUGGCCGGGAGCGGUCCAGCAUCCCAGCGUCUACGGAGUACGGUAUGCCGGAAUGCAAUUCUUUUCCCUUUCCAAACCCAACGAGCCUGUCAUCCCCGUGCCUCUUGUCAGGUGGAGAAUAG